AGUCAUCCAACUCCUCCCUCCCCAGCAUCAGCCCUCCAUCUGGCUCUGCGGCAUCCCAGACGGCACCGUUCCGCGCAUCGGCGCCACAAAUCUCACCAGAAGCCAGGAGCAAGCAGCAGACAAGUGUGUCUCGCAGUGGUGUCUAUCGCCCUCGAGUGAAGCCAGCAUCCCAAGGUCAUGUCCCGAGCGGCCCUUGGAGCCCAGUCCGACAGUCCGCCAGCCCGGAUCGUCCUCGAUAAUCUUGCUGGGUCUUCCGGUCUUGACUCACUCCAAGGUGCCCAGAACCGCGGUCUGGUGAACAUUUUGGUGCCUGCAAGCUUUGUGCCAUCCAUUCUGCGUCUGCUGUCAGCAUCGGCGACACUCAAUCCGCGAACCCCUCCACAGCCGACCCCGGAUUCACCUUCGCUCUCUGGAUCUGCACGCGAUGGCAGAGGCCUGAGACCAACGCCCCCAGGCUUGCGUCGCUCCACCACACCUCCUUUUGCCGAGCAGGAUCUCGGCCGGGCACCAUCGGCCAAGAUUCGCCCAACUGGAACUGGCCCCAGUCCGAGCUCUCCGCUCGCCAAGACCCCAAAAUUUGAGCGGCUGUUACGGCUCUUGAUCUGCGUCUUGAAGCUCAACCUUGCCAUUUCAUCGCACCCGAGGCAACCGUGGCUGACGCCUCCCCUCGACCUUAUCGCAAAACAGAUCUCGCUUCUUCGAAUCCUCGCAGACUCGGCUGUGGUCGUUCGGUCGCUUGAAACCCUCCACUAUCUGUGGCGAUUCCUUUCGACAUCGCUCUCUAGACAAGAUUCUGCUCUCCACGCUCUCGUCUCGCCGCACGCGCUGCCGCCUUCUGACACCCGGCCCGGUGAUCUGAGCUGGCGCCGAUACCAACAGCAAAUUGCAGUCUGGCGAUCGAUUUUCCUGUCCAUAAGAACCUCAUUGGACCUGGCCAAUCUCCUCUAUCGUGCACGCAUCAUCCGGCUGCCACAGCGGAUCCAUACCUAUCGGGCACUGCAAAAGUGGCUCAUGGUCUCUUGGCUUGUGGUUGCUUUAUUCGAUCUCUCGGACCACAUUGUGGAUAUGUACCUGAUCUACAAGAACUGUGCCAUGAUGGGACAGCAGCUCUCGUGGGCCAAGGGCUGUCUGGAGGGCGAGAAGCAGAUCAUGCUCGAGGAAUGGUCCCAGCAUGCCCGCUAUUGGGCCGAAGCCUCCGUCAGCUCAAACAAGAAAUUAGCCGAACUCUUUGGGGUCCUCAUGCAGCUCUACGAGCUACAAUACCCGGCCGACCAGUCUGGCAGUAUGCCUUUCCCGCUCUUCAGAAAUCUCUGGGGAUUUGUGUUGAUAUGUUUGGAGCUCUAUUCGCCCAGCCUGCCACUGCUGGUCAAGGGAGCGGCGAUUCCGACGAACGCAUGAAUCUCCACAGCAGAACGGCGGAGAUUCUGCUGUGGAACCAGCGGGGUCUCGAGAGCCCUGGUCGAUUCACGAAGGUGGUGUAUCCCUAUCAUGAAGGAGGCGUGGAUCUACAGUCGGUCCAGAAAAAAAACGGGACACUUCCCCUUUCUGGCUUCGGAUGUCUGAACCCCGCUGACUGACUGUAGGCCCAGCGGGCAAGCCGUGAGAUUGUUUCCCGUCCUGGUUGGCAA